AAAACAAGCUUUUGGCCGCGGCAGCCAUCUUCCAGUAACUCGCCAAAAUGACGAACGCAAAGGGAAAGAGGAGGGGGACCCGCUAUAUGUUCUCCAGGCCUUUUAGGAAACAAGGAGUUGUUCCUUUGGCUACUUACAUGCGAAUCUACAAGAAAGGUGAUAUUGUAGACAUCAAGGGAAUGGGCACUGUUCAAAAAGGAAUGCCUCAUAAGUGUUACCAUGGCAAAACCGCAAGAGUCUACAGUGUCACCCAGCAUGCCGUGGGCAUCAUUGUAAACAAGCAAGUUAAGGGCAAGAUCCUUGCCAAGAGAAUCAACGUGCGGAUUGAGCACAUCAAGCACUCUAAGAGCCGAGACAGCUUCCUGAAGCGGGUGAAGGAGAACGACCAGAAGAAAAAGGAAGCCAAGGAGAAGGGCACCUGGGUGCAGCUGAAGUGCUAGCCCGCCCCACCCAGAGAAGCACACUUUGUGAGGACUAACGGGAAGGAGCCUGAGCUGCUGGAGCCCAUUCCAUACAAAUUCAUGGCCUAAUGUACAAAAAGAAAUAAAAGACCUGGACUGUAAAGGGCUUUUCUUAAAAAAAAAAAAAAAAACCAUCAUUGCCUUGGUCAUGGUAUCUCUUCACAGUAAUAGAACAGUAACUAAGACACUAAGAUUGAUGGCUCUCACCUGUAAGCUUGGCCUAAGGAAGCCAAAGCAAGAGGAUUAUUGCAGGUUUGAGGAUAGCCUGGUCUACAGAGUGAGACUCUGUCUUAAAAAGCAACAAAGGUAUCUAUAGAAGCAAUAGUACAUGUUUGGCUAAUGAAGCUUCCCGUUGAACUACCAUGAUAAACAGCAAGGCCAGAGUGUAAAUUUCAGUGAGGUUACAAAGACAGUAAACAAACGUUAGAAUAUAGUUCAGAGUCAUUGCAAAGCAGAGCUGGUGGGGCCAGUAUUAAAUGAGGUGCUGAGUGACGGGUGAUUUCAGAGAGCACUUUUUCAGAGAUUUUUCAGAAAGCCAAGAACUCCUUUCUGAGAAGAUGGCCUUUGAUGUCUAUGACAGUGUGACUCCCUCCCAUGUAGGGUGCAGUUUCUUGGUGUCCUGCUUCUGAAUUAGAGUGCCAUGUAUUCUUCUACACUCCAGUUGAUGACACUGACAGCCAUCUUAGUGAAUAAAGGAUGUUUGGCAUUUUAA